AUGUCUACACAAGGAGGAUCUUCGUCGUCGGGCAGGGACCCGUCCAGGUCGAAAUCUGACGAGUGGUCGGAAGUGAAAGAUCCCAAUGAGCGCAGGAAGAUCCAGAACAAACUUGCACAAAGGCGUUUUCGAGACAAGGUUCGAGAACAAAAGGAAGAGGCAGAACGUGAGGUCGAGAACCAACGCCGUGCAGGUUCUGCGUACGCUUCCCCUGAUCCCGACAAUGUCGAUCAAAGCCGCGACCUCUCGGGCCUCCCUUGGGGUGGUAUCUCUAUGAGACACAUUGUAGAAACCGGAAAGACUCGAGAGGAGAAGUCACAACGGAGCUCUCGUGAGAGCUCUGUAUAUGCGGCGGCGUCGCGCACUGGCGGCAGCAGUAGAGUUGGUUUGCGACUCACCGAUCAAUUUGCACGAGGCUAUCCGGCGUGGCGAUACUUUCCCUACCGUCACCCUGGCUGGGGGUCAAGGUAG